AUGGGUGUUGUUCUUAAAAAACCCUCGUCAUCUGAUUCCGUUCUCACAUCAACACCCUCAACAACAUCACCCACUCUUAGGCAAUCCAUAAAUUCUUUUUUGAGUCUUGACUAUGAUUUCUGUCGUCGCACUUACUGGCUAUGUUCCGAAUGCGGAAAUCCGAGAACUGGUUAUAGUUGGUGUCAAGCUUGCGAAUCCAACCGUUUCGAAUCCGAAUUUCCGCAUUGGACUAGCGGUAAUAUUGAUAUUGAUGAUUUCAUAAGGCAAUCACAAAAAAAUGCUUACACAGCACAAGAUUAUUUGGAAUGGAUACCUUAUGAGCGUUUUGUGGAGGUAAAAUAUUUAGCUAGUGGUGGAUAUGGAGAUGUGUAUACGGCUUAUUGGAAAGAAGGACCAAGGUGGGCAUGGAAUGAACAGAGGAUGGAAAGGGUAAGAACGGGUCCGAAGAAGGUGGUGCUAAAAAGUUUGACUAAUUCCCAAGAAAUUACAUUAGAUUUUUUGAACGAGGUAAUGUUUUAA